AUGUAUGCGAAAUUUCGUAUAUUGACAUUGACAUUGUUGGUGUGUGUGAAUGUGAAUCUGAAGGCGUUGAACGUGACGUGCACCGCCACUGAAGGUGAGCAAACAAAUAGUGAUCGGAAUGUGGUGGUCCCCGCUGCGGUUGAAGACGACAACGAAGACAUCGAAGUUGUUGCACAAACGGCGAACAUAACAACUAAUGUGGUUGCAACAACAAAAACAUCGCCACCAAAAACAAGAGCACGUAGCAUAGCGGAUAACAACGACGAUGACGACUUCGUUGCGCACAAUUUGAACGCAGCGCAUGGGACACAGCCCAAAGACACUUCGCGUCCAUUGAAGAAUGUAUUUCGUGGCGUCUACAAGAGCUACAAAAGCACUUACAUGGGCAAUGUCACAUCGGCGGAAUAUAAGAAGCGUCUGAUUGAGCGUCUAAAUGCGGCCACCGCACAUACACACAUGAGCAGCGCCAAGACGACGCUGGCGACGAAGCGCGCAGAACUGAGUGUGCUACACGAAAGACUCAAGAACGAAACUUUAUUGCCGCGCGACACCGAAGUAGCGCCACUCGCGCCACCCGCACUUGACGGCGAAGCAUUCAAAGCGAAAUUAAAGGAAACGCUACGUAAACGCAAACGUAAAUAUCAUCGCGCACAUGCGAGCGCGAAGCGAGCAAAAACAAAUCAUCGGUACUCGAACGCAACAACCACAGACGCUGAUAAGGUGUAUGAGCGCGCAAGCCAUAAUAACAAUAACAAUGCAGCUAAUAACAUUAAUGCGAACGAAACGCCACUUGAAAGCGCUCAACGCACACUUAACGGCACUUUCAGCGAUAAGCAUUAUCGCUACACAAUCGGACCCGGCGUCAAUAUGAGCUUUGAUAUGGUAAAUGACAUCGUUAAUGUGAAUUUGGAUAGCGAUAAUCUGGCCGAAAUAAUGCGUGGGCGUUGGUUGAACGAUAACAGCGAGGAGGGACGCGGCAAGAAGUACGACAUGAUCACCAAAGUGUUGCCACUCUUCGUGCUGCCAUUCCUCAUACAAUCUGCCAUUGUGCCAUUUUUGGUCACCAAGUUGAAAUUGUUGUUGGUGAAGUCCAUAUUGAUUGGCAAAUUGGCGAUAUUCCUGCUCAUUUUGUCGGCGAUCAAGAAUGGCAAUAAAACGGUGCAAUCUUAUGAAGUGGCACCAUCUUAUUGGGCUGGUGAACCGAGUCGGCGUUCGGAGUUGGCAGCGGCUGCUUCAUCGUCCGCUUAUAAUGGCUAUCGGGUGGAGGGUAAGCCAGCCGCUUGGAUCAAUUAA